AUGGAGCAACCACCCAGAUUUGUUGAUGAUCGUUUUCCCAAUCAUGUGUGUAAAUUAAAGAAGGCGCUCUAUGGGCUCAAACAAGUUCCACAAGCAUGGUUUCAACAAUUAAACUCAUUUCUUGUUAGCCUUGGUUUUAUAUGCAGCCGAGAUGAUACUUCUUUAUUUGUAUUCAAACGUGACUCUCAUAUCUUGUACCUACUUGUCUACGUUGAUGACAUCAUUGUUACCGGUAAUCAUCCAUCUCUUAUUCGCAAGUUUAUUUCCAAACUUCAAUCGGAAUUUGCUGUUAAGGAUCUUGGAACAUUGAACUAUUUUUUGGGUCUCGAGGUCUCAUCUAUGGAUGAUGGGUUGUUUCUAUCUCAGUCCAAAUAUGCACAUUAUAUUCUAGUUAAAGCUAAUCUUCUUGACCGCAAACCAGUAUCCACUUCGUUAUCCACCACAUAUAUGCUUGUUUCCACUGGAUCGUCGUUUUCUGAUCCAACCACAUAUCGCUCUUUAGUAGGUGCAUUGCAAUAUUUAACAAUUACGCGUCCUGACUUGUCAUUUGCUGUUAAUCAAGUUAGCAAAUUUCUUCAUGCUCCUACUAUCGAUCAUUUUCAAUCUAUAAAGCAGAUUCUCCGAUAUGUUAAGAGUACUCUCUCUUAUGGGCUCUGUUUCACUCAUCCUCGUUCUUCUUCUCUUCUUGGUUAUUCUGAAGCGGAUUGGGCACGUUGUAUCGAAACACGAAGAUCUACCUAUGGUUAUUCUAUUUUUCUCGGAGGAAACUUGGUGUCUUGGAGUGCUAAAAAGCAACCUAAUGUCUCCCGAUCGAGUUGUGAAUCGGAGUACCGAGCUAUGGCUAACACAACAGCUGAAAUAAUGUGGAUAACUCAUCUCUUACGUGAACGUUUUGCUCUGCCUCCGGAAUGUCCCACCUUACUAUGUGACAACAUGAGUGCUUUGUUCGUCAGUCAAAACCCAAUAUCUCAUAAACGUGCCAAACACAUUGAUAUUGACUAUCACUUUGUUCAUGAGCUCGUUGCUUCCGGGAAGUUGUACACUCAGUUUGUGCCCACAGAUCUACAGCUUGCAGACAUUUUCACCAAAAGUCUUCCUCGUCCCUUAUUUGAGCAAUUUCGUGCCAAGCUACGUGUUGGUCCACCACCUCUGCGCUUGAAGAGGGUAUUAGAGAUAAAACUUAAGAAUAGAUAA